AUGCCGACGAGCAUAUUCGUCGAUGUACAUACACUAGAUGAUGUCUUAUACGAAGGUUCCAUUGUUUUGAACAAUGGACCAUGCGUGGGUUAUCUGCAGUCAUCGAAUACAAUCAAAUGGUUAUCCUAUUCCAAAGCGAUUGAACGAAGUCUUUGUAUUGGUUCUUAUUUAUGGACAACUGCAAGGCUUACACCGAUGCAAUCGAACGUAGCGAUUCUUUCGUCUGUACUAGCUAUCGAUAACGUUGAACGCAUUAAAUCAUGUCAGAACGAAUUACUACGAAAUGAUUGA